AUGUCUCGUCUCAUGGCGCCACCGACGCUUCCAGUGGCGCCGACGUCGAUGCGACUGACAGUUGAAGUUCUUCCUCUCGCUGCCGAGCACGCCCACGGCCCAUCGCGAGUGCAAGCCCUGGCCGACAUGAAGGCCAGGAGGUUUGCUCUGCCUGUCCAAGUAAAUCACACAUUUCGACAAGUCUGGGGUCAGAUUGAGGAGCGGUACAAGAAGAAUUAUCUGAACGCUCAGCAGGCAGCCGCAUUCACCAUCAACAAGCUCCAAGAUGCCUACGACUGCGACUUGGACGUCGACGACACUGUCGGCUCCAUCUUCGAAGGCGAGGCGGAUCCCACCAUGCGAAAGAUCAAAGUCGUACCUUCCUUUGUCGACCGCGACUUCUCCGUGCCCGUGACUUCGAACCUGCGGCCCGCCUCCGCACAGAAACGAUUACUAGAAGUUGCAGAAGAGCGCGCAAACAAGAGGCGACGCAUAAACCACUCACAACUCCACUGCGUACGCGAAGAGUCGCAUCCUCUGCGCGAUCAGCCACUACCAACUACCGAGUCGGAGCUCUGCGGGGAAGAUAUCUCUGAUGAAGCUGCAAAUGGCUUACAGGCUGCGCAUCGUUCCUCGAGAUCGCAUACAGGAGCAUCUUUAGUCUUCGUGCAUGGGGGACAGACAGGAGAUGCCGAGUUUGGGUCUGGCAUCAAGGCGGAAUCGCCGGAGCUGGGGGAUUUACCUCGACAGCCCACACCUGAAGUCGCACAGAUAGAGGCCAUGGUAAGAGAGCCAUCCAUACCCCUUCGGAAGGAGACACCGCGGGGAGCACGACUGCAAAAGAACACAUCUCGCUCAAGAACACCCCAUCAGUCGGCGCCUCAGGUAUCGGAGGGCCAUGUCUGCCCGCUCAAGGACAUCACGCAAGACAGCGACCUACGCCGCCAGCAAAAAGAUGGACUGCAAUCAAUUACAACAAACGAGAAAGCCGUGGACACUGCCAUACUGCGCUCCCCAGAGUCCACACCCUCGCACAUGCAACAAACCCCUCCAGUAGCUUCCCGACGAAAGGAUUUAUACGAGAUAUCAAGCUCUCCCGAGUUUGUAGGUCAGAAAUCGAGCUCAAACAUGACCACCUAUGGCCGAUCGCCAAAGACUGUGCAGAAAGCGGUGGCCCUGAUGAACCGUGCCAGGCGGCUGUCUGUGCAAGCUCAGAGACACACUCCCACUAAACAAAGCCCUUCAAGAACAUCAUUAGAGAAGACUCACGCAUAUCCACUUGCUCAGAGUGAUUUCAUUGAGUCGACACAACAGGACGAGGAAGUUCUGAUACGGUCGCGUCAUGUUCAAAAUGGUGUUUCCACUCCCAUCCAAACCACACCAGCAAAGACAUCCCGGCCAGGAAGCCUUAAGAAACCGUCUAGGACUUCACAGUCCGCCAUCAAAGCCGCGAAUGAUAUUGCAGCUUCAAGCUCCCAGCGAGGUAUCGGCACGCCAAAAAGCACAAGUACACCGAGAAACGUUGAUCCAAGUGUACAAGCAAGACUGGAUCGUCUACGCCAACGGAAAAAAGUCCCGCCGGUUCUGGCUGACCAGUCUUCGCGUCGGGGCUCACUUCAGUCAAAUACAAGUGCACAAUCUACGGCUGCCACAUUUUCUCCCCCAGUCUCCAUUGACAAGACCGAUACUGAGUCAGGAACGUCAGCUAAGAAGAAAGCGUCAUCUGAGACGGCAACGCCUAUCCAGCCACAGGUUGAACCAGAGACAGUCGCUCGCCUCCCUUCGCAGCCAGCUACAGUCAGAGCUACGACUCAAAGGACUCCAGUUCCACUUCCAGCAAACAUAAGAAACUUAUCACCAAAGAAUACUUCGUUACACAACAACAGCACCACAAGUGAUGUGAGAAAGCCUACACUGGAAAAGUUGAACUUCCAAUCCGAGGGUGGCAAUGAGCACUCUCGACAGCGUGAGUCACCCAACACUCAUCCAGCUUCUGCAAAGACUAGCGCAAAGCAUUCAUCUGCCCAUUCGUCUCAUCAAGCUGCACCGGCGCAAAAGGCAGGUUCCGGGACUACCCCAAUUUCAACAGCGACUGUACCUAAGAAGCGUGGACGUCCGAGGAAGAAUCCCGUGGUCGAACCUGCAGCAGCACCAGGUCCAUUUGCUGAUCCUAGCAGAAUUGAGCCACCGCAAGCGGAAUCCAUUGCCCCGAUUUCGUCAAAGACAAGCUCUCAAGCCAAGUCCGUUGGCGAGGAGGUCAUUAUGGUUUCCAGUGCUGAAUCAGAAUCUUCAGAAGAUCCUGAGGAAGACGAAACGUCUCAUAAUGUAUCUGCGGCCAUGGCAAACAGUAGCACCGUCCAACCUGAGUUGCAGCCAGAGAAUGAAAUCAGAUCAAGCCAGUUACCGAGAACCUCGGAAAAUGGGUUGGAGUCGGUAGAGCAAAGCGCGGAGCAGCAGUCCUCGGUACGGGAUCAGGUAGCUCGGUCAUUGCCAACCCAGGCACAAGAUUCUUUGGCGCAAACGCAGAAAAACCAGAAGAAGACACCUUGGAAUUCAAACUCCUGGGACUUCGGCAAUAUUGCUGAUAAGGACGGAGUCUCCAGCGAGUCUAUUAGCAAUCAAGAAGCAAAUGCACGCGCAGCAUCUUCUCAACCAUUGUCAAACGGCAAAAACGAGAGCAUAUCUGAUGCAGGACUGGCACGCGAAGAAGAGAGCAAGUCACGAUCCGUCAGUCCUGCCGUCUCAACUCGCUCUUCUCCGGCAUUGACCCGUCGUCCUGCGCGCUUUUUGAGCCACUCGCCAACUCCUGACGGUUCCGAUGCUGAAGACAACUCAGAGGAAACAUCGGCUUCACCUUCAAAAGCCAGCACGCCCCAGGCGGUAAACAACGAAAGUGGAAGCAAUAGCGAUUCUGCAUCCUCAGACAGCGAUUCGGAUGGCUCAGCCACUGACAACGAACUGCCAGACGCCCCACCGCCAGCCUCAUCAACACAACCCCUAUCCUCCUCGCUCCCUCAACCAACUGUACAAUCAAAACCUCCGCAAUCCACCCCCAUGGUACCAGAGACAAGCCAGCCAGUCCCCGCACCCUCCCAACCCUACAAAAGAACGCCCAUCCCCUUACCCCCCAACAGCCAACUCCCAUCCACAGCUUCCCCUAGCCUCCAACGUCCCGCCACAACAGCAGCAAGAGCAGGACCAGGGCCCUCAUCAGCAAGUCUCCAAACGCCAAACCGCAGACCCACCUUGUCAUCGAAAUCCAGCCAGUUCACCGGCCUCAAGGAUCAGCUUGUCCAGGUGCAGACUCUGACUGGUGGUGCCAAGGGUAAGUUGGCCGCUGCGUUUGACCCGAGAAAUAUGAAUCUCGGUAAGCUUUUCAAGGCUGGGGCUCGGGCUGGGGUGCCGGUUGGUGCGCCGAAUGGGGUCAAGAGCGUGUUCGACGAGGCCCGCGAUAUGGCUUCUUUGAUGCCGUUUCUCUUGCGCUAG